AUGGAACUAAUCGGCUGGUAUUAUUUGAGAUUGGAUUUCAUAGUGUGGUUUGGGGACGCUGAUUCUAUAGAUGGAUUGCCAUUUCACACGGAUCAUGGACUUUUUGGCGACGAUACGGCUUUAUGGACAUCCUGUAACACUACUUCUGGUUUAAAUAGGCGUCUUCAGGAAUCCAUGAAUAUUUUCGCUCGUUGGUGUGAAACCUGGACGUUAACUUUACAGUCAAGUGAAAUUGAAAUGCUUCAUUUUAGUGUACACCCACGUAAACAAUACAAACAUCAAGUGCAAGUGAUUGUGGGAGCAACAAGGGUUCGUCCACAGGCACACGCAAGGUAUGUAGGAAUGAUUUACCACAAAACACUUUCGUGGAAAGCACAUGUGAAACAUGUCAAAGAAAAGGUCAAUUCCAGAAUCAAUCUGUUGAGAUUACUUUCACGAUCAACUCCAGGAUCGAAUCGUGGUGAACUUAUUCAAAUCUCUAAUUGGACCCGUAUUAACAUUUGGUCUAACAGCCUAAGAGCAAAAGACAAAAUAUGGAACGAACUUCAAACACUUCAGAACAAAGGAUUAAAGAGCUGCAUUGGGAGUUUCAUCCUACACAACUAGAACAUAUGUACAUCAAUAACCAAGACUAAAACAAUAUUGUGAACACUUCACUGAAAGAGCUCUGCUUCGAGUAGAAAUUUAGGAAGACAAUAUCACGAUGGAGAAUCUACACAGUUUAUUAUAUUUGUAAAUUUAUUAUUUUUCGUUGUAUUGUUCUCUGACAAAAGACUUCGGGCAUCAGUCAGCUUGUAGACUUUAGAAAGGCUCAUGAACAUUUAAAAGAACACAAUCUUUUAACGCCCUUUCAAUUUGGCUUUAUUCAACCAGACUCGACAGUUAAUCAAUCAGUGGAUUUAGUGCAUGAAAUAAGAAAUAAGAAAGAAGUGAGAAUUCAGACAGUAGCGAUAUUCCUCGACUAUGCAAAAGCUUUUGACAACAUUUGGCAUGUUGAACUGCUGUAUAAAUUAAACAAAAAGGCGGGGUAAUAGUAAAACAUGAAGACACCCACAGACACCCACAGACAGCACACAGACACCCACAGACAGCCACAAACAGCCACAGACAGCUGCACAGACAGCACACAUACAACCACAGACAGCCACAGAC